UUUUGCUCAAUCUCCUACUAUGUGUGAUCAUAUUCUACUCUGUGUAUUAUGUGGUCCUAUGCUUUUGUUUCACAGCGUUCAGGCUGCAGAUGUUGGAUGGACUGGCACCAUUUGACUUCAAGACCAGCCCAUCAUGGAUUCACUCAUAUUAUUUAGUUCUUCUAGUGUCACUGGAAAUAACCUAUCUCAUCUCUGGACUGCUCUUUGUCUUAGUUGUAGAAGAAUGGGUUUGGGAUUAUGCAGUGACUGUUACAGUCAUUCACAUCACCAUAACUGCGGCUGUUAUGUCUGAAUUCCCGCUGACAUUGCACUGGUGGGCAGCUUUAGGUUCGGGCCUAAUUUUGAUGGUUUGUGUUGGACAAAGUUUGGCUUACUACCUGUUCAAAGACAACUUUAUUUAUCCAGUUCUGGAUAAUUUCUGAAAUGCAUUUUUUCAGUGCCUAUGUUGCUUUAUGAAAAUGCACAUGGAUGUGUGGACCAACGCUAGCAUGCAGUUUUAAGUAGAUCAGAAUUCUAUAUGCUGUCAUAACCUAGGUGCUUGCUUGUUUUGUAUAGGAAUAACUAUUUUUAGUCAAUAAAACUGCUCUUAUCACCAGAAAGCUCUUUCCGAUGUUUAGUCAGAUCCUCCUUGUUGUAAUUUGAAUCCAUUGGUUUGGGUCCUGCCCUCCAGAAGAGGAGAAAACAAGCUUGAUUCAUCUUCCAUGUGACAGCCCUUUGGAUUUUUGAAGGUGGUUAUAAUAUCUCCUCUCAGUCUCCUUUUAUUCAGGCCAAAUGAACCCAACUCUCUCAACCAUUCCUCAUAAGGCUUGGUUACCAGACCCUUCAUUAUCUUGGUCACCCUCAUCUACACAUGUUCUAGAUUGUCAAUACAGCAUCCUUCUUAAAUUGUGGUGCCCAGAA